AUGUCUAUCAUGAAGGCAUCGCGGUUCUUACCGCUUAUAUUCGCUCUUUCUUCGUUAUCUUCAGCUCAGUGGUGGUUAGGGCAGUACAACCACAUUGGAAAAGUCGCGUUUCAGCCAGAUCCCAACUACAAAGCCUGGCGAAAUGUGCUAGACUAUGGUUGCGACAACACUGGAGUUGUUGACGCUACACAGUGCAUAAAUGAUGCUAUUCAAGACCCAGGCAAUAGAUGCGGUGGUGGUGAUGUGAUACGCGGCACCUACUGCGAGUCUUCAACCAUCACUCCAGCUCUUGUGUACUUUCCGUCAGGGACCUACAGGGUGUCAGGCAACCUUGUCAUGUACUACAAGACACAGAUCGUUGGUGACGCCGUCAAUCCUCCCACCUUCAAGGUUGAUGCAAAUUACAAGAACGACAUCGGAUUGGCAGUUUUUGACUCGAACAUCUACAUACCCGAUGCGAGCGGUGCUCAAUGGCAUGCUAAUCAAAACAACUUCUUUCGACAACUUCGAAAUGUCAUCAUCGACAUGACCGAAGCUCCAACAUUCGCAACCGGCAUUCACUGGCAGGUAGCUCAAGCUACACAUCUAAACAACGUUCGCAUCCGAAUGAGGCCCAAGGGAUUCCCGGGUAACGAGCAACAAGGCAUUUACGCCGAGAAUGGUUCCGGAGGGUUCAUGUCCGAUAUCUUCAUCGAAGGCGGCAAAAUUGGUGCUACUCUGGGUGCGCAGCAGUUCACAACCAGGAACCUACAGAUCAGUAACUCAGCAACAGCCAUCCAGAUGGUGUUCGAUUGGGUCUGGCUCUACACAGACCUGAAGAUCACCGGUUGUGAUGUUGGUCUCGACAUGUCAUCUGGUGGUUUCUCCAAUCAGGCCAUAGGUUCUGUUAUCGUUGCUGACUCCUCAAUCCAAGCUACACAAGGCAUCUUGACACCUUAUGCACCCGGAUACUCUAGCCCGCAAAGUGCAGGCAGUCUUAUGCUUGAGAAUGUGGACUUUACAGGCACGCCACAAGCUGUUGCAGCCGCUGGAGGUACCGCAUCAAGGACUAUCCUCGCUGGAAACCAAAAGAUCGACCUUUGGGCACAAGGAAAUGCUUGGACUACUGCGGCACAAUCACUCAAUGGGCAGACCUUCAAUGGAACCACAUGUUCUUAUGGAAACACCACGGAAGAAAGACGCACUGCGCAAGAAAUUACCAUUCAGCGUUCAUUGUCACCCAUCGAACGGCCAGCACCAUUGGUAGAUGCCAACGGAAAAUGGUUCUCACGAUCAAAGCCUCAGUAUGAGGACUUCUCGCUCAGCCAAAUCUCCAGUGCUCUUGGAUCGGGUCUUGCUGGAGAUGGUCAAACAGACGACACAGUAGCCAUGCAGAAGUUCUUGAACUCAUGCUCCUCAUCAGGCAACAUCUGCUACUUCGACAAGGGCGCCUACAUCAUCACAGAUACAGUCAACGUCCCCUCUAACAUUCGCAUCGUGGGCGAGCUCUACUCCAUCAUCAUGGGAACAGGCCCCAACUUCCAAGAUGUCAACAAUCCCCGACCUAUGUGGCGAGUCGGCAACCGCGGCGACGUAGGUAACGUCGAAAUCCAGGAUCUCAUGUGGGAGACUCGAGGCCCAACACCCGGCGCCGUGUGCAUGGAAUGGAACGUCAAGGCCGCCAGUCCAGGUAGCGCAGGCAUGUGGGACGCACAUUUCAGGAUCGGGUCGACGGCUGGUACGGACCUUCAGCAGGACCGUUGUAUUAAGACUCCUGAGAUUCCUGUGCUUGCGGAUGAUCCGAAAGUUGCGGAGUGUACUGCGGCGUUUCUGCUGUUGCAUAUCACGUCCGAUGGGAACGGGUAUUUUGAGAAUAUCUGGGGGUGGGUUUCGGAUCACGAACUUGAUAUGGAUACGCGUGCUCAGACGAAUAUUUACAAUGGUCGGGGUUUCUUGAUUGAAGGGGAUGGUCCGAAUUGGCUUUGGGGCACCAGUACUGAGCAUAGUACUCUGUACAACUACCAGUGGCAGAAUACGCGCAACACCUUUGCUGGCGUCAUCCAGACUGAGACGGCUUACUACCAGGGCAAUCCCGACGCACUCAUCCCCUUCGUGCCACAGGAACGCUGGGGCGAUCCCACUUUCGCUGACUGUGAGCAACGCAACUGUGCCAGAACCUGGGGCGCGCGUUUCGUCAACAGCUCGGAUAUCUACGUCUACGGCAGUGGACUGUACAACUUCUUCGAGAACUACAAUACGCCGAUAUGCCUUGGUACCGAGACCUGUCAGGAGCGCAUGGUGGAUAUUCAGAAUUCCAAUAAUAUCUAUCUGUGGGCUUUUAGUACCAAGGGAAGUGAGUUCAUGGUCAGCUAUGAGAGGACGCCGCUGUUGAGCUGGAGUGUCAAUAGGGCUGGAUUCUGUGCGACGGCUAUCUUGUUUGAAUUGGCGGAUGAUGAGAGUUAG